AUGAAGAAGACAAACGACGACGAUCAUGAGUCUAAGAGGGAGAAUAUGUGGUCAAAGCUCUUAGAAUUGGCGGACGUUGCGAGUAAGGUGUAUGAUGAAGAACAACGCAAGAAAAAAGGAAAAUCUAAGAUCGUAUAUGAAGAAGAAGAAGAAGAAGGAUACUACGAUAGAUACCCUCAAGAAACCUAUGAAAAUCUUAAUGGGGCUUCUACUUCUUCUUCAUCGCUUCACCACCUUCGUUGUAUUGAGACUUGUUCUUCACUCCGUUACAACAGGGCUGAGACUGAAAACCCUCCUCCAAACCUUAGUUCACAGUCUUCUUUGAGCCCAAUGGAGAGUACAAGCCGCAAGAGACCUGCCGUGGUGCCGCAAGAAAGGAGUAGUAAUGGUAAAUUCAAGAAAACAAACGUUACUUCUAUGCCACGGGUAGCUAGAGAGACACCGGAGUGGGUUUUCGAGGUGAUGAGAGAGAUGGGGGUAGCAGGAAACCCGAUGCUGGUGUUUGAGAAGUCUCUAUCCCAGAGUGAUGUCAACACAAACCAGAGCCGUCUGUUAAUGCCUUUCAGUAUGCUAACCAGAAACGACUUCUUGACAGAAGCGGAGUGUCAAGCCAUAGAGAGAGAAGACAUCGAGGAAGAGAACAUUGGCGUGGGAACGCUUCUGGUGAAUAAAAAAUGUGAAAAGUGGGGUUUGCGUUUCAAGAUAUGGGUGAUGGAGAAGCCGGACUCUAGAAACGGGACCUUCAACUACACUUUGAACUGGGGGUGGAACGAUGUCGUCAAGGGUAAUCAUUUGAGAGCCGGUCAUGAGAUCAGUCUUUGGAGUUUCAGGUGCCGUGGAGUCCUAUGCUUUGCCCUUGAACGCAGAGUUCCCCUGCCCAAAAGUUUAGCUCAAAUUAUGGAAUCAUGCAUAGCCAAAACAAAAAGUCUAUCGAAAGAAUAA